CCCUUCUCUUGUCGUACGAGAGAGAGAGAAGGGAGAUGAUCGAUGCGCAGAAUGGAGAUCGAGCUCAGCACCUCGCUGCCUCGCAGCUUCUUCGACUGGAGAGCUUCGGGGGUCAGUCGAUAGGCUGCGAGCGAGGCGGAGUCCCCACAUUUCAUCUGACCCUCGCCUGGACUGCCACGUUUUGCCGGCUCUCGCUCGCCCUGCCUCGAGGUACUUUCACAAAGGACCCGGAUCGCCCGUUUGACCGGGCGACGUCGAGGUCCAAGCAAGCAACACCCAAACGUCGACGACUCCAUCGAUACCCUCGCAGCUAGCCGGUCGCAGUUGCCUUCUUCUCGUCUAUUCUACACUUGCUUUCGUCCUCUUUCAAGAAGCAGGGAGCAUGCUUCUCAGCACCACCACAACAGCAACGUCACGACGCCUUAGCCCCUUUGUUCCUCGCAGCACAGCAAGCUCUCCCGCCCUCUCUCGCUCGCUCAGCAGCACCCCACGCAGCAUGUUCGCCCUUACGCCCUAUCGUGGUGCUCCAGGCACUUCGCAGCCCAAGACGUUCUCCCGCCAAGGUGGACUGCCCCGCUUGCCCAUCCCGCAGAUCGACGCAACGACGGAACGCUACCUUAAGAGCAUCGAGCCCAUCCUGCUACAGAAGGAGGAGUUUGGCGAGCUCAAGGGAAGCAGCGCCAAGGAGGAGAUGGACAAGAGGAGAGAGUGGGCUAAAGAGCUCGCACAAGAGGGCGCAGUGGGUACCAGGCUGCAGCAUAGGCUGGUCGAUGUGGACAGGACCACGCCCAACAAUUGGCUUGAUGACCGCUACUGGCUAGUCAAAGCCUACCACGAAUGGCGCGUGCCCCUCCUCAUCAACUCGAACUGGUGGCUUAUGUUCCGAGCCGACCCUGGAUCUCCUCUUGCGAAGCUCGAGGACACGAAGGGACAGCAGAAACAGCCAGAAGACUGCGAUGUAGCCGGUCUCGAGGGAGUUGGGCUGGGCAAGCAGCAGUGGGAUCAGGCGCAGUGGGGAGUCAGAAGGGCUACUUGGCUCAUUUCCAGGUUCUUGCAGUUCAAGAGGAGAUUGGAUGACGAGGACAUCAUGCCAGACGCCUCACGAGCGGGUGCGUUCUGCAUGCAUCAGUACACUCGACUCUUCGGCAUCACCCGUAUCCCUGCGCUGCCCCAUGACUGGAAUACGGAGCCCCCGCACCCGACGACGGCCAAGCAUGUCACCGUAGCUGUGCGUGACAACUUCUACAGUCUGGAGGUCCUGAAUGAUGAUGGCAGCAUCAAGGAGCUCGACGACAUUGAAAAGGCCCUGUGGGACAUUGUCAACGACGCAAAGCAGUCGGAUGGCGCAGGCGUAGGCGUCCUCACCAGCGACGACCGUGACACCUGGGCUGUAGCCCGCGAGCAGCUCAUCCUCUCCUCGCCGGCAACGAACGCCGCCUCCCUCCGCUCCAUCGAGGACUCUCUGUUCGUUGUUUCCCUCGACUCGUCCAACCUCGGUACUCCCACCAACCACCCACCCCCGCCGCACCAGGCUUCACCCAUGAGCACUGAUGCCCAUGCACGUAACACGUCGGGCGCAGGGAGGUCAGGACACAACAGGUGGUUCGACAAGGCACUGACAAUCUCAGUCGAGCCGAAUGGACGGGCGGGAAUCAUGGGAGAGCAUUCGCCUUGCGAUGCGCUCAUUCCCUCCAUCGUUGCGGACUUCGCUGCGGCCGAGCCUUGCCCUGCGCCUGGGUCACCCUUCCCCGCAAUUGCUGGACGAAACAAGCAGGGAGGAAGCGUGCCUACUUGGAAGAAGCUCGAAUGGAAAAUCAACGAGUCCACCACUACGAGCAUCGCCUCAGCGGAGAGCAAAGCCAAGGAGCUCGCCAGCAACUCGGACAUUCGCAUGCUCUGGUUCGAUGAGUACGGCGCCGAAUGGAUGAAGAAGAUCGGCAAGCAAUCGCCCGAUGCGUUCAUCCAGCAGGCUCUCCAGCUAGCCUACGCCAAAAUCGCCGGCCGCCAGACCGCCACGUACGAGACUGCCUCGACACGCCUGUACAAACAUGGCCGUACCGACGUCAUCCGUUCGUUCAGCAGGGAAAGCUACGACUUUGUCAAGGCGGUUCGCGAUGGAAAAGGGUCGAAGGAGGUCUAUGAGCUUUUGAGCAAGGCCACGACGGCGCACAAUGCCCAGACGCGUGCGUCCUCCACGGGUGCGGGUAUUGAUCGCCACUUGACGGGCAUGAGGCUCGUAUACAACCCCUCAGUGGACGGGGAGAACAACAUGCCCUCCCUUCUGACCGACCCGCUCUUCGCUGAGUCCCAAACGUGGAAGCUCUCAACCUCUGGCCUUUCUGCUGGUGACAGGUUUGCAGGGACCGGCUUCGGGUGCGGCUAUGAGGAUGGGUACGGGAUCAACUAUCUGGCUGGGGCUAGUCUGCUCAAGUUUGGGAUUGAGAGCAAGCACAGUGGCAAGCAGACGAGCACGACCGAAUUUGCGAAGGAGGUCGUUGAGGCGUUGCGCUUCAUGAGGGAGGUGUGCGAGAAGGAGGCGCCGAAGGACGAGGGGGCGGCGAAGGGGAAGUUGUAGACAGUCGCGAGAGAGACGAAUAGACGCCUUCGUGACUUUCGCUGCUCGAGUCGCAAACAUCAUGCGCAUGCGGCAGUAUUAUGAUAGGCUGUCAGCCUGAGCGCUGGAGAGCCGUGAGAUCCGGUCUCUCUUGCAAGCUCAGACCUAGCCUAUUGAAUAGAGUUGACCUCACCUAAGGCGAGACUUCGCCGACCCCACACUCGAAUUCAUUGGCCGGUAACGCGGAGACAACUGUUUACCGUAUAGUAGAAAUCGGCACCGCUUGCGCUGGCACGAUUAGGUUGUCUCGUAUGAGCUCGGAGACCUGAAUUUA